AUGGGUGACGCUCCCUCGUCGCAAGAACACCUUGUGGUGAUUCUUCCGUUCCCCGAACCAGCCGCCUUGAUAAAUGAUAUCCGCAAAAGCUUUCCGCAUAUUCGAGUGUCUUACUUUGAGCAGCAGCGUGAAACGCAGGUCAAUGGUGCUGUGCCAAAAGACCUCCUGAAUUCAGCAACCAUUUUGUGUAUGCUACAUUAUGCGCCGACACUCGAGGACAUUCCCAAUGUGAAACUGGUCCAUGUAAUCUCUGCGGGCAUGGACCGCUACUUAAACCACCCGCUGGUGACAGACACUAAUAUUGAUCUCACAACGACCUCCGGCAUCCACGGCCCACCGAUCGCCGAAUGGGUGGUGAUGAACUGGCUCGUGUCUUCCAAGAUGUAUGACCAAACUUCCGAAUGGCAAAGGAAGCAUAUUUGGACGCAUAAUCAGAGCCUCAUCAACAAGAUGGAGGAUAAUGUAGGCAAAAGAGUGGGCAUUUUGGGGUAUGGAAGUAUUGGGCGGCAAGUCGCCCGUGUCGCUGUCGCCAUGGGCAUGCAAGUGCUGGCAUUUACCGUCUCUCCGCGGCCGACCCCUGAAUCCCGGCGAGAUACUGGCUACAUAGUCCCGAACACCGGUGACCCCGACGGCAGCCUACCGAUAUCCUGGCACAGCGGCACCGACAAAGCCGCUCUCCACGACUUCCUGUCGCAGAACCUGGACCACCUCCUAGUGGCGGUCCCGCUGACGCCUUCGACGGAAUAUCUCAUCGGUGCAGAAGAAAUGGCCUUGCUCUCCAAAUCCUGCACCCGCACCACCCGCCGUCCUUUCCUCACCAACAUCUCCAGGGGCAAGGUGAUUGACCAGGACGCGUUGAUGGCGAGUUUGAAGUCUGGCGAGCUGGGUGGGGCGGCGAUUGAUGUAACGGAACCAGAGCCGCUGCCGGCUGACCAUCCGCUGUGGGAUGCACCGAAUUUGCAUAUUACACCCCAUAUAAGUUCGUUAGGGAUUGAGUAUAUGCAGAGGGCUUUGGAUGUGUUAAAGGUGAAUUUGGGCCGAUUGGAGAAGGGCGAGCCAUUGAUUAAUCUUUACAGGAGAAAAGCGGGAUACUAG